AUGCGUCCCGAUGUGAUAUCUAGUACAAAUGGCUCUUCCCAUACGCUUAAUGGUUCGCCUGCAUCUCCAUCGCAAAAGGCAGCAUUCCCGUUGUCGAUGAACGGCCAAGCCUUGCAUACAACCUCCAAUGGAGACUUGCAUACAAACGGAUCGCAAAAGUCGAGGCUAAAUUCCUCUACCUACUUUGGUCACGAUCGGGAAGAGGUUACAAGGAUCUUGAUACAGAGUCUCUACGAGCUUGGGUAUGACGGAGCGGCAUCAUUGUUGAGUAAGGAGAGCGGUUAUCAACUGGAAAGCCCGGCGGUUGCUACGUUUAGGAACGCGGUUCUUGAGGGGCGAUGGGCUGAAGCGGAACAAAUCUUGGUCCACUCAUUUCACUAUGAACGGGAUAGUGGCAGGGGAGGACGUCGCACCGAGCAGCAUCCCACCAAGGAGAGAUUAAUAUUAGUGGAGCAUGCCGAAAAGAACGAAAUGCUUUUCCAUCUCAGACAACAAAAGUUCCUGGAGCUGUUGGAGGCUCGUGAUCUGGGUGCGGCUUUAAUAGUUCUCCGGCAUGAACUAACACCUCUCAAUUAUGACAUUGGUCGUUUACAUGCUCUUUCGAGCCUCCUCAUGUGCCCUCCUGAGCAUCUUCACGAUCAAGCUGGUUGGGACAGCCCAAUAAGCUCUUCUCGGGAACGUUUAUUAUCGGAAUUAUCAAGUAUGUCGCAACUCAAAUCCAGUCCAUCAAUCUUAACUCACAAUUCUGCAGAGUCCAUUUCACCUUCUGUUAUGAUUCCGGAUAAUCGUCUUGCUAUUCUUCUAGACCACGUCAAGCAGAAUCAAAUCAAUCAAUGUUUGUAUCACAAUACGGCAAAUCCCCCCUCUUUAUAUUCGGACCAUAUGUGCGAUCGAAAAGACUUCCCUCUCCGGACAGAGAUUCAAUUGACCGAGCAACGGGAUGAAGUCUGGUGGUGCUCCUUUUCGCAUGAUGGGACCAGGCUGGUCACAGCCUGCAAGGACUCCACAGUGAUUCUCUACGACACGGAUACUUUCACUGUGCUCCACACGCUCAAGGAGCACACAGAUGGUGUUGUGCAUUGCGAAUUCAGUCCGGACGAUUCCAAACUCAUCACUUGCUCCCAAGACAAGACAGCUCGCGUAUGGAGUGUCGAGACCGGCCGUUGUCUGUUAACCAUAAAUCAUCAUCGGCAACCAGUAACGUCUGCAGCAUGGGCUCCAGACGGGGAGACGUUUGUCACGGCUUCUCUUGAUCUUAGCACGCAACUUUGCUAUUGGAGCAUGCGCGGGCAUAACCUACACUCUUGGGAUGGUGGUUUCAGGGUACAAGACUGUACUAUGACUCCUGACGGUCGGAGACUAGUCGCGGCGGAUCUGGAGGGAAAAUUGCAUGUUUACAACUUUGCCACGCGUGAUGAAGAAUAUUGCCUUACAACGAAAAGCAGGCCGACGUCGGUGGCUGUCAGCAAGGACUCGCGGUAUCUGCUUGUUAAUCUGGCCGACAAUCAACUGCAGCUUAUUGACCUCAACACGACUGAAGUGGUACGGCGCUUCCAGGGGCAGAAACAGGGCAAUUUCGUCAUCCGCAGCGUCUUUGGAGGCGCUGCUGAUAACUUUAUUGUGAGCGGGAGCGAAGAUUCUCGUAUUUACAUCUGGCACAAAGAGAAUGGAACUCUCGUCGAAGUGCUGGAAGCGCAUACCCGGGGCUGUGUGAAUUCAUUAUCAUGGAAUCCGGCUAAUUCGGGGAUGUUCGCCUCAGCAGGCGAUGACUACAUGGUCAGAAUAUGGACCAAAGAACGCGAUACACGACCGGGUGCUGCAGCGGCUAAGCAUAGGGCUGUGUCGGGGAACGGGUUUGCCCGCACCAGUGCUCUGCGCUCGACAUCACGGUUUUAA